AUGAGAAUGUUGUGGGAUGGGACUCUGGAAGCAGAGAAAGGGACUGAUCUUGGGACAAAGUUCAUAAAUGUGGUGGCUGAAAUGGUGGAGUUGAUUGGGAAGGGAAAUAUUUCCGACUUUUUUCCUUGGCUUGCCAGGUUUGAUGUGCAAGGAAUUGCGAGCCGUGCGAAGCAGCUUCUGUCUGUGACUGAAAAUAUUCUCAACUCUACCAUUGAAAAGCAGAUGAGCGAGGCAGCAAAGCAAGAUGGGGGGCUAUCGCUAAAGCAUGAAAGGAAGGGCUUUCUGCAGUUCCUGUUGGAGCUUAAUGAACAUGGAGAUGAUGCAGAAUCGCUUACUUUGCAACAAAUCAAGGCCCUACUCACGUCGACCAAGUGCAUUUUGGCCAUUGACACAUGA